AUGCAGGUUCCUCUGUUUCGUCUACAAUGCGGUGUCAACUCGUACGCCUGGGGCAAAAAGGGCGACGACUCUGCCGCUGCUCGAUUCGCUGCUGCUACGCCGUCUGAUGAUCUCAAGAUCGAGUCUGAUACCCCAUACGCCGAGCUGUGGAUGGGAACGCACCCCUCCAACCCCUCCCGAGACCUCAACACCGGCCGAACCCUCCUAGAACUCUGCGAAGACAACCAGGCGCUUCUAUCCCAGACUAUUUCUUCACACUACGGCAACAAGCUCCCCUUUCUCUUCAAGGUUCUCUCGAUAGCAAAGGCGUUGUCUAUUCAGGCCCACCCCAACAAGAAGCUCGCCGAACAGCUCCACGCCCGCGAUCCAAAGAACUACCCCGAUGACAACCACAAGCCCGAGAUGGCCAUCGCCAUCACACCCUUCGAAGGUCUUUGCGGUUUCCGACCCCUCACUGAGAUUGUGCACUUCCUCGACACUGUACCUGCGCUGCGAGCGCUCGUAGGCGAUGAGGCUGCAAAGGAGUUUGCGCAGGUCGCCAAAGAUGGCGAGGAGGGUGUUACAGACGAGAAGAAGAAGUUGCUGAAGAAGGUUUUUGGAGCGCUCAUGUCUUCUUCGGCUGAGGAUAUCGCUGAGCAGAUGCCCAAGCUGGCUGAGCAAGCAGAGAAGGAGGGUGCUGAUUUCGCUGGUGGUGGUGUUGCUGCUACUUCUGGCGAGAAGCUCGCUGAGCUCGUCAAGCGAACAUAUGGCGAGUUUGGUGACGAUAUUGGUUGCUUUGUGCUCUUCUUCCUCAACUUUGUAACACUUGAGCCCGGCGAGGCCUUGUUCCUGGUCGCCGACGACAUCCACGCCUACAUUUCCGGCGACAUCAUGGAGUGCAUGGCUGCAUCGGACAAUGUUGUCCGCGCCGGCUUCACACCCAAGUUCAAGGACGUGUCUACUCUUGUCGACAUGCUAACCUACAACUUUGCUCCCAUCGAGGAACAAAAGAUGACACCCACAGACUACCCCUACGCAACACUCAACCGCACAAGCUACAGCUCCGGCUCAGCAGUUGUUCUAUACGAUCCCCCGAUCGAGGAAUUCAGCGUCGUGCGCAGCGUUCUCCGCGGCGAUGGUGCCAAGGCCACAUUUGAUCCUCUCGAGGGUCCCAGCAUUGUCAUCUGCACAGGCGGUCGGGGCAAGAUUUCUGUUGGACCUACGAGCGCUGAGAUGAAAGAGGGGUAUGUGUACUUUGUGGGAUCGACUGCUGAGGUUGUGCUCGAGUCUGAGGGUGGUGAGGAUGAUGAGUUUACGACGUUCAAGGCGUUUUGCGAGAUUGAUGAUUCGGAGAAGCAAAAGCUUUAG